GAACAACACAGACCACAAUGUACAAGCUGGUGGUGUUGACUUUCCUCGCUGUGGCGGCCGCCGAGCCUGGUGCGCUGAUAUAUGGGCCGGCAGCUUACUCGACGCUGAUUACACCUGGGGCCACGACUAUCACGAAGCAGGCCAGCAGUGUCGUGCACCCAUCUCCACCGCUCGUGUACUCCUCGCCGCUAACCUUCACGCAUUUCAUCAAGAAGCGUUCCAUCGGUUUGGCUUCCCUCGCUGCGACCACGUAUUACGCUAACUCUCCGUUGAUCAACGCGCCUCUGACGACCUACAGUUCUCCGUUGAUCCACAGCACACCGCUCAUCCACUCAGCGUCACUUCUGUCGGCCGCUCCUCUGCCCUACGCUGCAGCUCACCUAAUCAAGAAGAGGUCUCUAGGCUUCAUUCCCGCCGCCACUACUCUAUCCGCUACCGCCCCCAUCCUUACUUCUACCUACGCUGCCACACCUCUGCACUCCACGCCCUUAAUUUCCUCUACUCCUUUGAUCUCGAACCCAAUCACUUACGCUCCCCAUUUCAUCAAGAAGCGUUCGGCACCUCUCCUGACUACCUAUGCCGCCACUAUCCCCAGUUCCUUCUCCCACCAAUCUCGAGUUGAUCUCACACACACUGGUCCUUACGUAACCACUUACUCCUCCCCUAUCACUUACUCUUCCCCCAUUGGGUUUAGCCAUGUGCUGUAAAAUCCUCCCUGAUUGAGACUUGAACUAAUCUUUCUUUUCCAAAUUUCCUGAUCCAUGUCAUAUAUUUUGUACAUAAACAUUCUAGUUCCAAGGAAGGAAUAAUAAAACAUAAGUGAAAAAUAUUCUCUUUUUUCUGAAAUCUAUGGAACCCCUUUUUUAAACUAUUUAUAUCUGG